GUCGACGGCCGAAAGAUGGCCUUCGCGUCGACACCUUCAGUCGCCAUUACACUCGUGCGAGAGGAAGGUCGUGCUGGUCGUCUUGUCGUUUCUUCUGCGUCGUACAGUGAUCACAGAGGUCGCCCAGGUGAUGAUGCAACACAGUGCUGCCAACAAUCUCAGGGACGAAGAAGAGGAGUUCCUGCGACAAAUGCUGGAAGAGGAGGAAAGGCGCGACACUGUGUACUAUGAUCAGUAUAUUGAGCAGAAAUCAAGAAAUAAUACAACCUCUGACUUGACUACCAGUAUGCAAAAGAUGGGCAUGAAAGAAGAUGUGGUUGCUAAUAGCAACUUAAAUCCAUAUGCUGCAGAGUUUGUCCCAGGACAAGCUGUCACUAGUCCAGCAAAUGCGCCCAGUCUUGUUCAUAAAAAAAAUACAGAGAAGAGUUCUUAGAAAUUGGACGAUCUUUCCUCUUUGGUCUUGAAAACUCGGCAGCAGAUAGCUUAUGACAUUAUUUUCGAAAAUAUUAUUCAGUGUACAGGAGAUUUAUACAAAUUGUGUCUGUGCUAAAGAACGAAAACUAUGUUUUAAUUAUAGUUCA